AUGGAUGCAAAAAUAAACAGAAACAGUAAAAAAAUAGUGAAGCUGCUGCCGAAAAUUGGAUACAGAAUCCCCUACCAAAUUAUUGUGGAGUGUAACUUCGUUUCAGCACUGAACAGAUACUUCUUAGGCCUAAGACACAUAAACGACUUGUUUAAGUCCCAGCCAAAGCUUUUCAUAACUAAGUGUGUCUACAAGAAGCUUAAAGAGAUUGGAAAGGACCACAAGAGAGGAAUUUCAAAGUAUUUAGAGAUAUUACAUUGUAAUCACAAAGAGGUGAGAGAUCCACUGAGCUGUUUGAGAAGAGUUAUGAGGAAGUCGAACAAAAACCAUUACAUACUAGCAAGCAACUGUCCGGAAAUUACAGAUCUCAUUGGCGUGGAGCGAAAAAUCCCUGCUGUCACUUGCAAAGGAGGAAGGCUAUGCAUAAGUGCGGAUCUUCAAAAGGUUCCCAUGUAUAGCGAGUUUAGAACAGAGGCUGAUGAGAACGAGCUCAACCGUCUCGAAGCCUUGUUUUCCGGGGAAUCAUGA